AUGAUCUCGUUGAGCAAUGAAAGAGGCUCUUCCCCUGAGGUUGGGGCAGGCGACAUGAUAAACGAUCAAGUAGUGCCCAAAUUCGCUGUCCUGCAUCGUGACCUGCGGCAUCAAUUUCUGCAACUUGCCAGUUGCGAGGGUCACUACUGCAUUCCAACAGACGGGAGGAAGAUCUUCGAUUCUUCUGGUGGUGCCGCUGUGGCAUGCCUUGGGCACGGACACCCCAGGGUUCUAAAGGCGAUGAGACAGCAAGACGCGAUAGCCACAUACUGCGCAACUAGGUUCUUUGCGCACAGCACACCUGAGGAAUUGUGUCAACUUCUCGUUGACUCGACUGAGGGCCACAUGUCAAAAGGCUACAUUGUAAGCAGUGGUUCGGAAGCCAUGGAGGCGGCAAUGAAACUUUCGCGUCAGGUUUUUCUCGAAUAG